CAACACCAUUCACCGGAAGGCGUGUUUGUCGGCGACGAAGGAGUGAACAUACAAAAAUAUUGUAUACAGUAAAACAAGAUGGCAGGACUACCCCGCAGGAUUAUAAAGGAGACUCAGCGUUUGUUGGCCGAACCCGUUCCUGGAAUAAAGGCAGAGCCUGAUGAGGCGAAUGCACGUUACUUCCAUGUGGUGAUUUCAGGGCCCCAGGACUCCCCUUUCGAAGGAGGCACCUUUAAACUUGAACUCUUUCUGCCAGAAGAAUAUCCCAUGGCAGCUCCCAAAGUGCGAUUCAUGACCAAAAUCUACCACCCCAAUGUGGACAAGCUGGGUAGGAUAUGCCUAGACAUCUUGAAAGAUAAGUGGUCCCCAGCUUUGCAGAUCCGCACAGUGCUGCUAUCAAUCCAAGCAUUAUUAAGUGCUCCUAACCCUGAUGACCCACUUGCAAACGAUGUUGCAGAGCAGUGGAAAUCAAACGAAGCCCAAGCCAUUGAGACAGCUCGGACAUGGACCAGGCUUUAUGCGGGAAACAGCAUUGAGGUAUAGAAGAAAACAGACGGGCACUGGAUGUUAACACAACCAAGAUGAUCUCCUUUAUUUGCAUUUAAAGGACAGUCUUAGACAAAAAAAACAAGAUAAAAGCAAGCAAAAAAAAUGGUAAAGAAUAUAUUUACGAAACUACUGCAGCCCUCUGAUUUUAUGGCACAUAGCAAUGUGUUUUGUCUUUGUCCUGGCUCACUGCUCGAAUGCAUGGACAGAGGCUGAUGCCCAACCACAGCUUUCUGUUUCUCCGGGGGGGGGGGUGAACGACAAGUCUCGGCACACCACCGAGGGGUUACAAACAUAGGACAUCGCCCUGGACCCACAGUCAUACAAUGGGUCAGUUUAGUCAAAGAUCAAUAAACUGGGGGAGUUUGUGACACCAAAUACCCACCCAUUUGAAAAAUGUCCACUUGAGGUUAUGCCGCCUAGCCUCUUGUUGAAUUUAUCGUAACCUUUGUUUCCCUCAGACAGUUGAAGUUGUUGGUUCGGAAGCCCUGUGUUUGCAAGUCCUUGGCAGAAGCUCAGAUUAGGGAGGUGAGGGUGUCUGUUACGACGCCCUUCUGGGGAGAAUGGCGUUCUUUUCAUGUCGAUUUUUAUUAUUAUAUAUUUUUUUCCGAAUGUCUCUUUUUUUCCCGCUCCUAUGAUAUUUCAUUAAAAGCAUGUACUUAACCAAGCUCAGAACAUGACUGUUCUAACAAGUUUAAUCCGUAUUGAUAUUGAGAAUUAUCACUUUUGGGGUGUUGAUGGGGGGGAAAUGGACACCCAAUUUUGACAUGAAACAACGAGGCACGAAACACUAUCAUCGUCACUUCAUUGCUGAGAUCCUCACAGGCUUGUGUUGCUUUUGUACUGCUUUUCUGUAAAUGUAAUGUUGUAGUAAAAAUAUUUUUGUUAUGCCAUUUUGUUUGAUCUCUUUCUUGCUAGCACUGUACCUACAUAUUCUGGUAGGUGGUGUUUCAUUGCUUUUCCCAUACUCUGUCCUCACCCUUGUCUUUUCCACAAUUCUCUACUGCAAGUGUAUCCAGCGUUUAGUUCAACCAACAUCCUGAAAGAGGGGAGAAAGUCAGAGAAUGUUCUAAUUUAUUUAUCUUUUUCUAAGGGAUUUAGAAUUAAAUAUCAAUGAUGAUUCAUCAUCCAAGCGUCUGGCCUUUAGAUUGAGAAUGGCUUCCACGUCUCUGGUUAGUCCACUCAUGUGAAAAAGGCAAAGAGAAUCGUGUAUUACCGGUGUCUGAAAUGAUAUGGGAAAAUAAACCAAUGCAUUAGCAUUUGUGGCUCCUGUAAAUAAAAUAAGUUGAGUAAGACUCCUG